AUGGGGAAGGCGGGGCGGUGGCUCAGGAGCAUCUUGGCGGGGAGGAAGGAGAAGGACAAGGCGCUACGGCAGUAUCCGCAGCAGCAAGGCGACGCCACGCCGCUGCCGGCCGCGGCGAGCAGCCCCCGGGAGAAGAAGCGCUGGAGCUUCAGGCGGCCCGCGCCGGCGUCGGGGCAGCAGGGGAAGGUCAAUAAUGCGGCGCCGUCCCCGCUGUCGUCGUCGCUGGAGCCGUCGGCGCGCGAGCUCGACCAGAGCGAGCACGCCGUGGCGGUGGCCGUGGCCGUGGCGGCUGCUGCCGCCGCCGACGCCGCGGUCAUGGCUGCCGCCGAAGCGGCGGCCGCGGUGGCGCGUCUGACGACGGCUGCGGAGGAGAGCCAUCUGUCCGUGAGCUGCUGCCCCGUCGAGGACGCCGCCGCCGCCAGGAUCCAGGCCACAUUCAGAGGCUAUCUGGCUCGGAAGGCGCUGUGCGCGCUGCGCGGGCUGGUGAAGCUGCAGGCGCUGGUCAGGGGCCAGCUGGUGCGGAGGCAGGCCACCGCCACGCUCCGCCGCAUGCAGGCCCUCGUCGACGCGCAGUCCUGCCUCCGCGCCCAUCGCGCGCGCAUGCUGGACGCGGACCACGCCACGCCGGCCUACCAGGCACGCCGGUCACCGCAGCAUCACCUUCCAAGGCGCCGCAGCUCCUACGAGGUGAUGGACCGGUCGUCGGGGGAGGAGCACGUGAAGAUCGUGGAGAUGGACGUCGGCGAGCCGGCACGGCCCGGGCGGAGCAGCUGCUCGGCGGCGGCCACCGAGUCCAGGGAGCGGCGCCUCGCUGAGUACUACCACGGCGGCGGGCAGUGCUCGCCCGCGCCGCCGUCCGCAGCGUUCUUCGGCGCCGAGCUCAGCCCGCCGCGCGCCUACAGCGGCCACUUCGAGGACGUGCACGUGUUCGCGUUCGACCCCGCGGCCACGGUGAGGAGCAGCCCGUACGUGGGCCCCUACGACGCCGCCGCCGCCGCAGCCGGCGACGGGUACGGCGUCGUCCCGAGCUACAUGGCCAACACCGAGUCGUCCCGCGCCAAGGCCCGGUCCCAGAGCGCGCCAAGGCAGCGCACCGACGCCGCGGCGCUGGAGCGGCAGCCCAGCAGCAGGCGCCGCAGCCAGGGCGGCGCGCCCAGGAAGAUGAUGCAGCGCUCGUCGUCGCACAUCGGCGUGCCGGCGGCGGCGGCUGCGUGCGGGUACCGGUACGGCUACCAGCAUGCGCCGCCGUGGGCGGGCGUGAGGCUGGACCGCUCCAGCGCGUCGGUGGUGGGCAGCGAGUGCGGGUCCACCAGCUCCGUGCUCACCGCCGCCACCGUCGGCUACUGCCGCUCGCUCGUCGGAUUCGAGGUGCAGCGGGGCCACUACUGA